AUGACGGGAAAACAUACCGACGCAUCGACAGCACGGACUGAUAAAAAACCAAACACGCGGACAGAACUACAGGACAAGCAAACAGACAGACAGGAGGAAGCGACGGACGCACUUAAAAAACAGUCAGACAAUUGGACAAGACGUACAAGCAAGGACGAACUGAGGAUGACGGGGUCACCCUCAGAGGAUGAGCUCUUGGCCUCCAGCCAAGAAACAGUUGAGGGCAAAGCUGUGGGCCACAGUACGCCAACAACCAUAAAUGAACCAACAACAUCCGCUAACGCCAUGGGGCAAAAGCGCACUAAUAAAGGCCCAUCAAGGUAUAAACUCUACCAGAGGUCUCUCGCUAUCCUUGGCAGGAUUCGUAAAAACGAAACCGAAAGUAAAGCUCAUCCCAAAGAUGAGGCUGACAAGGCAAGGUGCCAAAAGGUGGUGGACGAAUACCUGGCAUUCCAAACCGCCCGAAAGACAGAGGCCAAAAAACGUAACCAUUCGCAAGACGAAAACAAGAGGGCCACAAAGAAGCACAAGGUCUCAGAUCAGGGUGCGGUUGUCCCCAAACUUACCAAACCAUUCAGUGAGGUGGCACGGGACCACCUUCAAAUGGCACUGGUGGACGAAACUUCUAACCGCGGCAAACCUGUGCUUGACAAAUGGUCGGAGAUUGAGGCACGGUUGUCUCGCAUAAUUGUCGACCAUGUCAUGGCGAACCCGGAGGGUCAAUCCCCAGGUUUCGACUCGGUGGAAGUGGUUCGCGGUUGCCGGGUAAUCAAAUGUGAUGACCAAUACUCAUUGCAUUUCCUUACAAACGUGAUUGGCGAAAUUCAGAACAGCUGGGAUGGCUUGAGGCUCAAGCUCAUUCCAGCUAGCGAGAUACCACGAAGGCCGAGGGCUCGCAUCUGGAUACCAAACAUGGAGUUUGAAGCCAAUCAGUUAAUUCCCUAUCUCCAGGCUCACAACCGCUCAGUGCCGAUGGCCGAUUGGUCGAUCAUCAAAGCGGAGGCUCCGCAAAAGCACAGCGUGUCGUUCCUCCUUCAAAUCACAGAAGAGAGCCUUGAACCACUGCAAAAAGUGGAAAAUAAACUUCGGUUUGGCAUACGGAAGGCCCAGCUGAAGAUAUUCCGUUCUGCGAAUCCGGAGGAGGAGCAGGAUGAGGUCGACGGCACCAGCGAACUGCUGAUUGGCAUGCAGUUAAAUGAUGCCGAACCUGCGGAAGCAAACCAAUAA